CUAAUUGCGACGGAGCUGACUCCGUUCGGAAAUUGUUCGUCCGACCUCUAUUCACGUUCGAGCGGUUAAGGCUUAAUUCUGGGAAAUGCAUCCGAGUUGAGUUGAAUUGAGGGCUUUACAGUCUUAAUGAGUCUACUAUGAAAUAUAUAUUCAUCGGUGGGGCAAGCUCUUCUACUUUGGUUCAUGUUUUCUCUUGGUUCUAUGGUUCUAGAGACACGGUGGGUUGGAGAGAGAAAACCUUGAAUUGGGUACAACAGGUUGUAUUUGCUGUUAUGAGGGUGGCUUCAGGAUCAUGUACCUAUGAAAUGAGCUGUUGUUCUAGAGAUAAUAUUUCCAAUGGUACCUCUUGGUAACCAAAGUUGAUGGUUGAAUGACUCCUCUGGUUAUUAUGAUGAUCACAAUAUUGGUCUCAUAGAUUCAGUUUUUAAAGGAGAGGUUUAAUCCGUUUGAAUGGACGGAGAAUUUGCUCCUUAAUCUCAAUCUUGACCACCAUGACCUGUCAGUUUCUGAUAUAGGAUGUGGGUGGGCACUGAUUACUGUGUUCUUUGGUUUGGGGUCAUUGCCCUGGUGGGAGAGAGAGAUUGCUUGAGUCUCGUGGUUGAUGAAAGUGUUGAUUGUAAAUGGACAGGAAGGAGGCGACGGAUAGGGUUUUGGUGGUGGUCAGUGGCUGAUUAUUUGUGGUAGGUGGUGUGUGGAAGGGCCUUAAGAAAUGAGUUUAGACAACAGGACCAGGAGUCUGGUGGACUGGAAGAUUCGCUCAGAACGUUUUUCUUAUCGCGAUGCUCCUUAUAGGAGAGAUUCACGUCAGGGUUUCAGCCAAAAUAACGUGUGCAAGAACUGCAAGCGACCUGGUCAUUUUGUUAGAGAGUGCCCUAAUGUGUCUAUCUGCCACAAUUGUGGACUUCCUGGGCAUAUCGCCACUGAAUGUUCCACCAAAUCCAUGUGCUGGAACUGCCGUGAAACUGGUCACAUGGCCAGUAACUGCCCCAACGAAGGCAUUUGUCACGCAUGUGGCAAGGCCGGGCAUCAAGCGAGAGACUGCACAGCAACCCAUCUCCCACCCGGUGACCUUAGACUCUGCAACAACUGUUACAAGCAAGGCCACUUUGCGGCAGACUGCACAAACGAAAAGGCUUGCAACAAGUGCAGGAAAACAGGGCAUUUAGCACGGGAUUGUACAGACGACCCUGUGUGCAACUUCUGCAAUGUGGCCGGUCACAUGGCUAGGCAGUGCCCUAAAGGCAACGUGAUGGGAGGCCGAGGAGGCAGCAGUGCUCGUGGGAAUGGUGGCAAUCGUGGGUUCAGAGACCUGAGAGAAAUUGUUUGCAGGAACUGCAGGCAGGUGGGACAUAUGAGCAGGGACUGCACCGGUGCAAUGAUGAUAUGUAGGAACUGCGGUGGGAGGGGGCACUUCGCCUAUGAGUGCCCUUCUGCAAAGCUCAUCGACCACCGCUAUCCUCGGAGAUACUGACCGAUAACAACAAUGACAAGAUUCACCGUUGGUUGCUGUUCGGUUGGAGCGUCGGCUCUAUUACGAUAUGUAGUAUGUUUCACACAACCUCGUAGGCCUCCAGAUCGGGUCAUCUCCAUCACAUUAGAUGAGCUUUAGUGUUUUAAUGAAAAGAAACCUCGAAAUGUUUUAGUUUGUCACUGGAUUUUUGCUUGCUGGUUUUGAUCUGUUUUGUCUCC